AUGGCGUCCCCUCCGUCCCAAGCGCUAGCCAAGCGAUCGGAGGGUGGGCUCAUGCUUCCUCCUCCCGCUCCAAAAAGAAUCAAGCGGCCUGCCACCGUCCUCGACGAAGACGUCUACACCUCCGCCCUCUCCCACAUCAUCGCCCGCGACUUCUUCCCGGGCCUUCUAGAGACCCAGGCCAAGCAGGAGUACCUCGAUGCCCUGGAAUCGAAGGAUAAAGAAUGGAUUACAAGCUCCAAGAAGAGGCUGGCCAGCGUCAUGCGCACCCCGACGCCUGGCUCGAAUGCGCGCCGAAAGACAGAUUCUGGGUCUGUCACUGGCACGCCGCAGCAUUUGCCCGGUCUAGCAGAUGAGACUCCCCGUGGCUGGGGAGGGGACACGCCUAUGUCGGUUGCUUCAACUGCCACUGAAAGAAAGGAUCAGGAGAUUCCUGAUGUCUCGAAUAUGGGCUUGCUUGCCUUUCAGGCGAAGUACACCAGUGAGGAUAACGAGUCCUUUAACAAGGUUCUGGAUAAGCAGAAUGCGAAGAAGAGAGAGAAGUACGCUUGGCUCUGGAAUCAGAAUAAGGUCCCCUCUGCGCGGCAAAUCGCCCAUCACCAGCGUGAAAUAAAGCGUAUAACUGCUCAGGGUGGCAACCCGGAGACUGCCCUGAUCAAAAAAGACGACUCGGCGCCAGUGAUCAAGACAGACCUUAAUGCACGACCUGCCAGGCCGGAUAGCUGGAACUUUCGCCCGGACAACACACUCAUGUUUCUCCCGUCCUCGGUCGAGGAUGAGCAUGAAACGCUCCACCAAAAGGCAGAGGCAUCCUCUCGCGCAGGUCCAAAGCGGACAUUGUACCAGAACACACGGCUCCUAGACGUCGAUGCCGCAGCCGCCGCCGACGCAACAAAGAGCGUCCCACAAUCACCGUCUCUCUCGGCAAUCCAGGACGCAAUCGCCGGCCGUCCACGGCUCAGCGAAUCCGAGGCGGCAUCCGCAGUACCAGGCGGCGAAACACCCCGCGUAAAUGGCUACGCGUUUGUCGACGAAGACGAACCCGAACCCGAACCUGUAUCCUCAGAUUCUCUCGAAGCCGACUGGCGCCUCCUCGGAUCCAGCGAUUCCACCCCAAAUCCCUUCCAAAUUGGCGAAACCCGCAAACGUGAAGCACUACACCAUCGCAUGGUCGAUCGUGUCGCGCGGAAUAAACGCGCUGAAAAGGCCGCCCGCACUACCAAAACACCCAUCUCGACUCCGCGCUUCGCCAGUAGUCCGCGCAUCGACUUCGGCCUGCGUUCCACUCCGACUGCCCCGGGCUCGGGUUCUGGCUCGAAAAUGCUGACUCCUGCUGCGCAGAAACUGUUGAGUCAGGUUGGGAGUACGCCAAGGGCUUCAGGGUCAAAGUCGAAGUCGGGAUUAGGGAAUAUGUGGACUCCCACACCGCGACGGAAGUGA